AUGGCCACUCCCAUGCUUCGCUCUUCUUCUUCCCUCCCUCCACCCUCCCCCAAGUCCCCUCCUGAGUACCCAGAUUUGUAUGGCAAGCGCCGUGAAAUGGCCAGAGUUCAGAUGCUUGAGAGGGAAAUCAGUUUUCUUGAGGAAGAAUUAAAAUCUGUGGAAGGCCUUCAACCAGCUUCAAGAUGCUGCAAAGAGAUUGCUGAUUAUGUGAUGGCAAACUCAGAUCCUCUGUUACCUUCAACCAAGAAGAGCCGCAGGUCAUGCCGCUUCUGGAAGUGGCUCUGCGGAAUGCCAUGUUUUAACCUCUCUUGGAUCUGCUGCUGCUGUUGCUGCUGUGAAGGGUUAUCUUUACAGCUGAAAUUGCCACGCUGCUGUUGUGACUGCAAACCAUGCAGUUGCAGUUGCAGUUGUCUUCCAUCCAUCAAUUGCUCCUUACCAAAGUGGCGUUGCUGUUGCUCUUGUCCUAAAUCAAAUUGUUGCAAAGGGGGUUGUGGAUUUGGAAAUUGUUGCUCUUUCCCAAGUAGUUGCAAAUUUGGGUGUCCAUCUUGCCCCUCUUGCUGCAGUUGCAAAUGCACUUGCACUUGCUCUUGCCCUGGGUGUCCAAAGGUAAGCUCAUGUUGCUGUUGUACAGAGUCAUGUUGGAAUCCUUGUUGUUUAUGUUGUUAG